ACCCAGAGGGGAGCGAAGAACUGGACAUACUGGAUUUUCAAACGUAAAUCGUCAUCAUCUGCAUCUACAUGGAGAAGGAGGGAUCAAUUGCAGUCUCUGCCCCAAAUCUCAGACCAAUGUAGACAGCAAAUGUUUUAAUAAUAAUAAAAAAAACACAUUUAUUGUUUCCCCCCAUUUCUCCCGGUUGGAUUUACGGCGUGCAAACAGCUAUGAUGAAUUCCGCAGAACAGACCGUUACAUGGCUCAUCACUCUGGGGGUACUAGAAUCACCGAAAAAAAACAUCUCGGACCCCGAAGGCUUUUUGCAAUCGUCUCUUAAAGAUGGGGUGGUCCUUUGCAGAUUGUUGGACCGAUUGCGCCCUGGCUGUAUCGAAAAAGUUUACCAGGAGCCCAGGAGCGAGAGCGAGUGCCUCAGCAAUAUCAGGGAGUUUCUGAAAGGUUGUGGUUCUUUCAGAGUGGAGACGUUUGAUGCAAAUGACCUGUAUCAGGGGCAGAACUUCAGCAAGGUCUUGAAUUCCCUGGUGGCUCUAAAUAAAGUAACAGCAGAUAUUGGUGUUGGCAGUGAUUCUGUAUGUGCUCGCCACUCCUCCUCCCAUCGGAUCAAGUCCUUCGAUUCCCUUGGAUCCCAGUCUUCCCUUAGCAGAACGUCAAAGCUGUUUCAGAGCCAGUAUCGAAGUUUGGACAUGACUGAUAACAGCAACCAUCAGCUGGUGGUGAAAGCACGUUUUAAUUUCCAGCAGACCAAUGAGGAUGAGCUCUCCUUUGCCAAGGGGGAAAUCAUCCACGUCUUGCGGGUGGAGGAGGGGGGCUGGUGGGAGGGAAUGCUAAACGGCAAAUCCGGGUGGUUCCCCAGCAACUAUGUCAGAGAAGUCAAAGGAAGUGAGAAACCAGUUUCUCCGAAAUCCGCAACCCUUAAAAGCCCACCUAAAGGCUUUGACGCAUCUGCCAUUAGCAAAACGUAUUACAAUGUGGUGUUACAGAAUAUUUUAGAAACCGAGAGUGAAUAUGCCAAGGAACUUCAGAAUCUUCUAUCAAAUUACCUGCGUUCAUUGCAAGCCACAGAUAAGAUAAGUUCUUCUGAUAUCUCUCAUAUACUGGGAAACCUGGAAGAAAUCAGCACUUUUCAGCAGAUGCUUGUCCAGUCCUUAGAGGAAUGCACAAAGGUGCCUGAUGCUCAGCAGAGGGUCGGGGGAUUCUUCCUGAACCUGAUGCCCCAGAUAAAAAACCUUUAUAUUGCCUAUUGUGCUAAUCACCCUUCAGCAGUAAAUGUCCUUACAGAACACAGUGAAGAGCUUGGUGAGUUCAUGGAAAUGAAAGGAGCCAGCAGUCCAGGGAUCCUCAUGCUAACCACAGGCCUCAGCAAACCCUUCAUGAGACUGGACAAGUACCCAACCCUGCUUAAAGAGCUUGAACGACACAUGGAGGAUUAUCACCCUGAUCGACCAGACAUUCAGAAAUCCAUGACAACCUUUAAAAGUCUUUCCGCGCAGUGUCAAGAGGUACGGAAGAGGAAGGAGCUGGAGCUGCAGAUCCUGGCUGAGGCAAUUCGCUGCUGGGAGGGAGAAGGCAUCAAGACACUGGGCACUGUCCUCUACAUGUCACAAGUCAUGAUACAGUGUGCAGGGAGUGAGGAAAAGAAUGAGAGGUACCUGCUCCUGUUCCCCCAUGUCUUGCUGAUGUUGUCAGCCAGUCCCAGAAUGAGUGGCUUCAUUUACCAGGGUAAACUGCCAUUAACAGGAAUGACAAUCUUGAAACUAGAAGAUAGUGAAAGCAACAAAAAUGCUUUUGAAAUUUCAGGAAAUAUGAUAGAACGGAUAGUGGUGACCUGCAACAAUCCAGAAGACCUGCAUGACUGGGUGGAUCAUCUCCACAGACAGACUAAAUUCACUAGUAUAGGAGCCCCUACUAUCAAGCCACUGUCUGUACCAUGUCACACACUCCCUUUACAUCCUGUAACACCGUCCAGCAGGCAUUCAGAGAACAGGCCAGCGACAGGGACUCCUGCCUACCACACCCUCCCUCACCCCUCCUCUCAUGGGACCCCUCACAGCACCAUGAUGUGGGGCCCCCUGGAGCCCCCCAAGACACAGAAACCAUGGAGCCUAAGCUGCUUGCGACCUGCACCCCCGUUGCGACCAUCUGCGGCCCUGUGCUAUAAGGAGGAUCUUAGUAAAAGUCCUAAAACUAUGAAGAAACUGCUUCCUAAACGCAAACCUGAACGGAAACCAUCCGAUGAAGAGUUUGCAGUGAGAAAAAGUACAGCUGCCCUUGAAGAAGAUGCUCAGAUUCUUAAAGUAAUAGAAGCUUACUGUACUAGUGCCAAAACACGUCAGACGCUAAAUUCAACAUGGCAAGGCACUGACCUGAUGCAUAAUCACGUCUUGACUGAUGACGACCAAUCAAGCCUAGAAUCUGGUCGUCGCAGUAGUCUUUCCCGCUUGGAACCUUCCGACCUCUCUGAAGACUCUGAUUAUGACAGUAUAUGGACAGCCCAUAGUUACAGAAUGGGGUCUACAUCUCGUUAUAGGAAAGAAUCGGGCCCUCACAUGCUGUUUCCAGAAGAGGAGAAGAUUAUUGUUGAAGAAACCAAAAGCAAUGGUCAAACUGUAACAGAAGAGAAGAGUCUCGUGGACACAGUUUAUGCAUUAAAGGAUGAAGUACAAGAAUUAAAACAGGAUAACAAAAAGAUCAAAAGGUCACUGGAAGAGGAACAAAGAGCCCGUAAAGAACUGGAGAAACUUGUUAAGAAAGUAUUAAAGCGCAUGAAUGAUCCAUCCUGGGAUGAAACCAAUUUAUAACUCCUUUACCUGGGUGUGUAAUGAACAAAACACACACACACAAAAAAACAUUGAGCGUUCAGCAGGACACGGAACAGAUUUAAGACGUUCACAAUAUUGGAAUUAAAUGAACUUACCCACAUAUUCAGGGAUCAAGCCAGCCAUCUGUCUUACGAUUGUGAUUGACGUGACAAUAAGUGAGCCAUAGACCAAUACCAAGCUCGAAGUUGGUAUUUAACAAUGCUCUGUAAAACUCGGUGCUGAGGGGCUGUUUGAUGCAUUAUGGAAUCCUGUGAUCACAACAUUGGCCUUACCUGAGCUUGAGCGAAGACAUGUCUAAAAGUUUAUCAGUCAACUCUUCAGGGUCCUGUUGCAGCUCUGGAGCUGUCAGCCAAUCUGUGAGUAAUCUGAUAUCCUGCACACCAGCAGAAAUGACAUGCGUUGGUCUAAAAUGUGGCACUUAACUUGUCUCAGAGAGGACCAAAAACGUAGGGUUCGGAAAGUGAAGAUAGAAACCCAAUUCUGAAGAACAGGGUUCGGAGGAGGCGAUGCUUGGUGGAGAAGCUGCCUUUGCUACACCCAAACUUGAGAGCACUUCAUUCUCCACUGGCCAGCACUUGUUGUCCUAUGCCUUUAGGAGCACACACUGUAACACAGAUUAAAAGAAUGACAAAACAGCAGUACAACUCACUGAAGAUACUGGACAAUUUUCAGGUAAAUUGAAUACCGAUUGUCUUUUGGAACCUUUGUAGAUCUUGUUUUGAAAUUACCUCAUUUUGGUGCAUGUGUAAUGUUUAUUUUGUGUGUGUUGGGGGGGGGGGGGGGGG